AUGCGGCGGGCAGGCAGGCGCGGCAGGCCGGCCGAGGAGGACAGCCCCAUGGAGAACGGCGUGGGGCAGGAGCCGGGGGCUGCCGAGGCACCCGCUGCCGAGGGUGCCCCAGCACCCCGAGCCCCCCGGGUCCGCCCGCGGCUGGUGUUUCACACCCAGCUGGCCCACGGCAGCCCCACGGGCCGCAUCGAGGGCUUCACCAACGUCAAGGAGCUCUAUGCCAAAAUCGCUGAGGUCUUCAGCAUCUCGCCCACCGAGAUCCUCUUUUGCACGCUCAACACACACAAAGUGGACAUGCAGAAGCUGCUGGGGGGGCAGAUCGGCCUGGAGGACUUCAUCUUUGCCCACGUCCGGGGCGAGACGAAGGAGGUGGAGGUGACCAAGACUGAGGAUGCCCUGGGCCUCACCAUCACGGACAACGGGGCUGGCUACGCUUUUAUUAAGCGAAUAAAGGAGGGGAGCAUCAUCAACCGCAUCCAGACGGUGUGCGUGGGCGACAGCAUCGAGGCCAUCAACGACCACACCAUCGUGGGCUGCCGGCACUACGAGGUGGCCCGGAUGCUGCGGGAGCUGCCCCGGGCUCAGCCCUUCACCCUCCGCCUGGUGCAGCCCAAAAAGGCCUUUGACAUGAUCGGGCAGAGGACGCGGAGCAGCAAGUGCCCGGGCGAGGGCAGAGUGGCCAGCGGGAAGGAGACGCUGCGGCUGCGGGCGAAGGGCGCUGCCACGCUGGAGGAGGGGCCCAGCGCCUUCGAGGAGGAGGCCGCCCGCCGCGUGGACGACCUGCUGGAGAGCUACAUGGGCAUCCGCGACAGCGAGCUGGCCUCGACCAUGGUGGAGACGGCCAAGGAGAGCCGCGGCGCGGCGGCGCUCGCCAGGGGCCUGGCCGCGGUGCUGGGCGAGUUCGCCUUCCCCGAGGAGUUCGUGGCCGAGGUGUGGGCGGCCGUCGGCGAGGCCCAGGGGCGGCAGAAGUAG